AGGAAGGGAGGAGUUGGAAAGCUGAAGAGAAAUUUAAGUAGAAAAUAGGGGGUUGCCGAAAUCAAGAACAAGAAUGGGGAAUAGUAUAAGGUGUUGUUUGGGUUGUGUACUUCCAUGCGGAGCCCUAGACUUGAUCCGUAUCGUGCAUUUGAAUGGGUACGUUGAGGAAAUAACACAUCCGGUCACCGCAGGCGAUAUCCUCAAGGCCAACCCUAAUCAUGUGCUAAGCAAACCAUGCUCCCAUGGUCAAGCUGUUGUACGCGAAAUUGUGAUCCUUUCUCCAGAAUCUAAGCUUAGAAGAGGCUGCAUUUACUUUCUGAUCCCACAGAAGAAAAAGAGCGCCAUCCACCAUAACAAUGUCGGAAACUGCAACAAUAAUGAUGUUUCCGAUUGUCAUCCUUCUAACCUACCAAAUGUUGAUAUUUCAAAAAAGAAACAUUCAUCGCGUAAGGAUCGCCGCCACCUGCACAGUCACAUUGGAGUAUGGCGGCCUCAUCUGGCCAUCAUCUCCGAAGACUAACAAUUUCUUCUUCUUCUUCUUCUUUUUUGUUUAUGAAUCUGCAAACACUUAUGGUAGUAGAUUCGAAAUUCCACCAUUGUAAAUUUGGUUUAUGAUGAAAAUUAACUUCUCUAUCGUCACCGGGUACAGAAAUAUUUGUACUAAUUAACGCUAAUCUGUAUUUACGCCCUCAAACCUCAAGCCAAUAUCUGUGUAAGCUUUCAUUUUUUGUUUCAUUCCAUUUUUGUCUGUUUAUUUUCUCA